AUGAUGGAGAGCAGGUUGUUCGUCCCCGGGGGCUCCAUUGACUCCCAGGACAUCUGGAUGACUUUGUUCUCACCGAUCCUUUCUAUCAGCCUGAUCCAAUCGAACAUCGACUCCAAUACAACAAAGAGCUGGAGCCGAGAGGUUUCCAGAAAUGGAGAGGAUGAUGAGGAUGGAGCGGUGUGUCUCACAAGUUCAAGACCAGAUGAGGGAGCUACAGAAUACCCUCCAAGCAUCUCUGAAUCUUCACCGAUCACCAGUACCACUUCCACUGUCCGGGGAGGCACGCUGCCCCAGUGUUCCCACAGACCAGCAAAUGGGCAGCCUGGAGACCAUCCCCCUCUCGUUCAAGCACUGUCCAGUCCCGAGCAGACCACUGUGCAGAGAGCCACAUUCCUGCAGUCCUGCCGGUUCCUAUGCUCCCCACUCCUCUUUCCACAGAACCUGCUGUUCGUGAUGUGGGGGACUCUACACAGCCUGUAUAUUGCCUCUCUUCAGCCCGAAGCGCAGCUCGACCAGCACCAGUGGUACCCAGGCGUGCAGCAUCAGACCAUCCACCCUGGCCGCAGCAGCAGCAAAGAGAAAUGA